CUCUCCGAGCCUCCCCCCUUUCUCUCUCUUUCAACCUCUCCCCCGCCUUCUCCGCCUUCCCUUUUUCGGAUUUGUUGGGCGUUGUUGGGUGUCUGGUGGAAUUUAAGCCGAGGAGGCUCUUUCCUUCCUGGCCCGGGGCUGGCAGCUCAAGAAGAGGAGGAGGAGGAGGAGAAAAGGGGGGGGGGAAGACUUGUUUGGAGGAAGGAGGGGAGAAGAGGAAGGCAGGCAGGAAGGAAGGAAAGAAGGAGGCGAAGGCCAGGCGCUGUGAGGAGGAGCAGCAGCCGCAGCCUGAGAGAGACACACAGAGAGGGAGGCUUUAAGCUGCCUUCUUCCAAAGGGAAGAACUAGAAGAAGGAGCAGCAGUCGUCGACGCCGAAGAGGAGUAAUCAUCGACCCAACUCCCGGGCAAAGAAGACGGUGCCUUCGUGUCUAGCGCUUAAAAGGAAGAAGAGGGAAGACUUGGACGGGUGCUGCUUAUUUUGGGGGGCGGACCCCCUCCCCUCCCACACACAAACACACACACAUACACACCUCGAUCUCUUCCUUCGCCCCUCCGGAUCGAGGCCAUUCUGGCGGAAAGGGGCCAGGUUUGGGGGUCCGACAAUGGUGAGGUUUCUGGGGAGCUCCUUCUGCUGCGCCCCGGCUGCAUCGGUGCCGCUCCAUCCCCGCGUCGGAUCACGGUGAGGGAAAAAUGAGCGAAGAGACGGCGAACUGCAACAACGAUAAUAGUUAUGCCCGUGUGCGAGCUGUGGUGAUGACCCGUGAUGACUCAAGUGGUGGAUGGUUACCACUUGGAGGAGGUGGACUAAGCUGUGUCACUGUUUACAAAGUCAUUCACCAGGAAGAAAAUGGCUGUGCUGAUUUUCUUGUACAUGGGGAGCGUCUCAGGGAUAAAACGGUGGUUUUGGAGUGUACGUUAAAGAAGGACCUUAUUUACAAUAAGGUUACACCAACUUUUCACCACUGGAAGAUUGAUGACAAAAAAUUUGGCCUCACAUUUCAGAGUCCUGCUGAUGCAAGAGCAUUUGACAGAGGCAUUCGCAGGGCAGUUGAAGAUAUCUCUCAAGGUUGUCCAUCAUUACAUGAUGAAAUUGAAGUGCCUGCAGAAGGCUUUCCAGCAAUUCCAGAAAAUGCAUCAAGUUUGCCAAUGAAAGAGAGUAUCUUCCAACCUGAACCUGUAGUGAACAGUGAUCCUUACAAAAGCCUAAGUAUAAGACCAUUAGCCUUUGAAGAUUUGAACACAAGAAGAUCCUACUUUCACAGCCAGUCCAACCAGAUACCCCCAAAACCAAUCAGGAAUGUCAGUUUUCAGGAUGAAGAGGAAAUUGUCCGAAUAAAUCCCCGCGAUAUCUUAAUACGGCGCUAUGCAGACUAUAGGCACCCAGACAUGUGGAAAAAUGACUUGGAUAGGGAUGAAGCAGACUCCUCCUUCCAGUGCCCUAAAACCGACUAUAAAAAACCAGACUAUCUCUACCCCUCGGGGGAUGGAACUAAGCUGAAUUCACUCAAGGAUUCAAAGGGUUCUGUGGUAUUUAAAACGCAGCCGUCCUCUUUCAAACCGAAAAAAUCGAAGAGAAGGAAAGAGGAUGGUGAGCGCUCUCGCUGUGUCUACUGCCAGGAAAGGUUUAACCAUGAAGAGAAUGGCCGGGGCAAAUGCCAGGAUGCUCCAGACCCGAUUAAGAGAUGCAUAUACCAAGUUAGCUGCAUGCUUUGUGCUGAGAGUAUGCUCUAUCACUGCAUGUCAGACUCUGAGGGGGACUUCUCGGACCCCUGUUCCUGCGACACUAGCGAUGACAAGUUCUGCUUACGGUGGCUAGCCCUUGUUACUUUAUCAGUCAUUGCACCGUGUAUGUGCUGCUACUUGCCUUUGAGAGCGUGCCACCACUGUGGUGAGAUCUGUGGAUGUUGUGGAGGAAAGCAUAAAGCAGCAGGAUGAGCCAAGUCUGAUGCCAAAUUGGGGCUGACAAGUCUUUUUUGGAGAAAAUAUCUAACCUGCGGAAGUAUUUGGCAAGCAGAAGGGAAGCCUAUCAUGUGCAAAAGGCCAAUUGUGGAAGAAGCAGUAGAACUUGUUGCAUUUUAUGAAUGCUCACCAUGCCUGAUGAUCUGCUUAAAGUGCAUGGUGUAAGUUGCAAAGAAGUUGUGGUGAAAAGAAAGUCUUUUCUUAUGAUUAGCAGUUGAAAUAAGUAUAAACUGCAGCCUAUAUUAUAAGGGAUCAACUUCAGCAAUGUGUAUGUUCUAUGGUUUAGGUGAUGGGAAGCUCUUUGAAAUAAUCUAUUUGGCAGAAAAUGUAACUAAACCUGCACUAGUGAGAGCUGAUUGAAACUAAAGAGAGUUAAUAAAUUGGCAACUCCGGAGAAAUUGUAUUGAUUUAAGUGCAACUAAACUGCUUAUAAAUAGUUUUUGGAAGCAACUUUAUGUACAAAUAACAAAGGUUUAUAUUUAACUAAAUAUAUGGUACGAAUUAUUAAAUCUUCCUUCCCCUUUCCAAUUACAAAGCAGUUAUGGACCACGUUUGCAGUCACAUUCCGUGAUAGUAUUUCUCAAUAUUUAACUAGUUAACUUAGUAGCAUUUCUAUUAAAGAUGGGCAAAUCAAUAUUUUCAGUCUUGUUUCCCUUCAAUUACGUUUUUGUAUUGAGUUCCCUCUGUACAUUUGGUAAUCUAAGGACCUUUAAAAUAUUAAUUGUUGUAGUUUUGAAUGACCAAUGUUUUGUUAAGCACAGAUAUAAUUGGCUAAUGUUCUUUUAAAAACACACACACAUACAUAUAUAUAUAUAUAUAUAUAUAUAUAUAUAUAUAUAUAUAUGAUAUGACUAGUUUCAAUGUAAUGGCAAGAGCACUUUUCCUCUUUUUCAACCUACAGUUUUGAUUCUAAAGAAAUGAUGAUGAAUGUUUGAGAAGGGAAAAUUACAACAUGUCAUACGAUACAUAUUUAUCAUUCUGUUGAGCUUGAUAUCAGGUGUUUCUAACUAAGGGAACAAAGAGUAUUUCAUUACUUCAAUUUUAUUUGGCUUAGAUUUUUAAAAAAACAAAUCUGUAUGACAAACUGUAGCCCAGUUAUGGAGAAAAAAGCAAGUGAUUUCUUGUGAAUGGAAGUGACUUUUCCUUUUGUCUUUGAAUUGUUGUAUAUUAAUGAUGGAUGUUUAACUUAACAUUUGGCUGUGUGUUUUAAAUACAAAAUACAACCUAUGGGCAAUUCCUAAAUGUCAUACAUCACAUGGUAUAACAACAUAGCUGAGCUUACAGGUUUUAUUAAUAAAGUUCUCUAAAGCA